UCACAAAGGGCCGUGUUGGCCAUCGACUAACCUGGGAGAGGAGGCCAGUCACUAACGUUAGCCUCCUUAGCUACACACGACUAGCUACUAGCUAGCCGGUGGCUAACGAGCGAGCCAAAACAUCAGUUCGUCUUAAUGCCGCCUUUCCUAUUAAGUCAUGACAAAGGAAGCGUUUUCCCAGAUAGAAUGCGAACUUUAUUACCUCAUUGCCAGGUUUCUGCAAUCUGGACCCUGUCAAAAAGCAGCACAGAUGCUGGUGGAGGAGCUGGAGGAGUACGAGUUGAUACCACAGCGAUGGAGUUGGGGCGGAAAUAAACAUAAACAGACCUUCCAAGAGUGGGUGAUUUUAAAUGCACACAUUCCUGCAGACUAUCUUCUCCGUGUCUGUAAACGCAUCGGCCCACUUAUAGAGAAGGAGCUCCCACCUAGUGUUCCUGGAGUCCAGACACUUCUGGGCCUGGGAAGACAGUCUUUACUUCGUACCACCAAAAGUUGUAGUCACAAAGUAUGCAGUGGUUCAGCUGUUGCUGCGCUCCACAGGGGGCGUCCCCCAGAACCCCCUGUCAGCAAUGGAUAUUCUACCAGUCUUGUGUCCAUCAUGGGUGCUCGGCAGACCACCGGAGUAGUUCGUUUUGGCCAAGUGUUGCCAUCUUCCUCCUACCAAUACAUGAAAAUACACAAACGUAUCCUUGGCCACCUUUCCUCAGUGUACUGUGUAGCCUUUGACCGCACCGGUCGUCGAAUAUUUACGGGUUCAGAUGACUGCCUUGUGAAAAUCUGGGCGACAGAUGACGGCCGGCUUCUUUCAACGCUUCGUGGCCAUUCAGCAGAGAUCUGUGAUAUGACAGUCAACUAUGAGAACACACUCAUUGCCUCCGCCAGCUGCGACAAAACUAUUAGAGUGUGGUGCCUGCGGACCUGUGCGCCCAUCACGGUCCUUCAAGCGCAUGCUGCCUCCAUUACAUCCAUUCAGUUCUGUCCUUCUGCCAAGGGAACAGCACGAUACCUGGCUUCCACAGGUGCAGAUGGCAUGGUGUGUUUCUGGAAGUGGCACUCUCUCAGCAUGAAAUUUCAUGAUCAGCCUGUCAAAUUUGUUGAGCGAUCACGUCCAGGUGUACAGGUCUGUACUUCCUCCUUCAGUAGUGGUGGCAUGUUCAUGGCUACUGGUGGAAGCGACCACAUGGUCAGGGUGUACUACCUUGGUGCUGAAACGCCAAUGAAGAUGUCAGAGUUGGAUGCUCAUACAGAUAAAGUUGUGGUAGUCCAGUUUUGCAAUACCAGUGACAGUCUCAAGUUUGUGAGUGGCAGUCGUGACGGCACAGCCAGAAUUUGGCAUUACCAACAACAAGAGUGGAAGAGCAUCGCUUUAGACAUAGCUGCCAGGCUCCCAGGAAGUUUUGUCAUCAACGGAGACGAUAAAACCAAGGUGGUGGUGACCAUGGUAGCUUGGGACCGUGCGGAUCACGUCCUUAUCACAGCGGUGUCAAACUACCAACUCAAAGUGUGGAACACAACUACUGGAGAGCUGCUGCAUGUUUUGUCUGGCCAUGAUGAUGAGGUUUUUGUGCUGGAGGCGCACCCAUUUGACUCCCGCAUCAUGUUGUCAGCCGGCCAUGAUGGCAACGUUUUCAUCUGGGAUGUGACAAAGGGAGUGAAGAUCCGCAAUUUCUUCAACAUGAUUGAAGGCCAAGGUCACGGUGCUAUUUAUGACUGCAAGUUCUCAGCCGAUGGGCAGCAGUUUGCUUGCACUGACUCACAUGGCCAUUUGCUCAUCUUCGGUUUCGGUUGUAGCACGUCAUAUGAGAAGAUUCCUGAGCAGAUGUUCUUCCACUCGGAUUACCGACCUCUUAUCCGCGACUCGAACAACUAUGUCUUGGAUGAGCAGACGCAGCAGGCCCCACACCUCAUGCCUCCGCCCUUUCUGGUAGAUGUGGAUGGGAAUCCCCACCCUCCACGCUAUCAGCGUCUGGUGCCUGGCAGAGAAACCUGCAAGGAGGAUCAGCUUAUACCUCAACUUGGAUACAUGGCUAACAGUGAAGGAGAGUUGGUUGAGCAGGUUCUUGGCCAACAAACUGCAGAAAAUGGAGAAAACAUUUUGGAUAACCUCAUCAGACAGUUGCAGGACGAGCAGAAUGAGCGUCAGAAUGCAGAACGCCAGGCGGAUGAAGCUGAGGGUGAUGCAGUCGACGUGUUUGCGUCCUCACCAAAUGUGGGUCCUCGCAGGAGUGGGCAGGUAGAUGGCGUGUGGCAGAUGCAGCAUAAUUCACUGCGGAGUCAAGUGGCCACUGAGCGAGACCUGCUGGCCUGGAGCCAUAGAGUAGUUGUCAAUGAGGUGCCGCAAGGAAUACUAAAAGCCAUGGAGGAAAGCAGACAAGCCAAGAGUGACAUGGAAUGUUCUUUGUACUACUCAGAGAGGAGGAAAAAACCCAUAACUUGUCCACCCAAGACAAAACCUUUGACACGCCUCCGCACUCUGCGGUCGACAAAGAAAAAGCCGAAGCACCACACAUAUCAGACCCGCUCUGCUCAAGUCCUACCUCCACGGAAUAGGAGUGGCCAUGAACGUACUUCUGACAACCAUGUAGACUCCGACAGUGAGAGAGACGCAGUGGAGCAAGCAGGUGCCAGCGAUGUGUCCUCUGAGAGUGAAGCUCAGUGGCAGAGUGAAAGUAGCUCCAGUGACUCCUCCAGCGAGUAUUCAGAUUGGACCGCCGAUGCAGGGAUCAACCUGCAGCCCCCGAAGCGAUCAAGCAGGAGGCUGGUCCAGCCCUCAAGUUACAGCAGUUCUGAGGAGGAGGAAGGUGAAGACAAGGAAAAGGAGACAAGAAAGAAGGAAAGUGUAGAGAAGAAGAAAAAGUCCAAGGAGACCAAACAAAAACCCACAACCUCUCUGGGUGGACUUGAUGCUGAGGCUUGGCUUCCACCUUUAUGGGUAAUGGAGACCAUCCCACACCGCUCUCCGUUUGUCCCGCAAAUGGGAGAUGAGCUUAUCUACUUCAAGCAGGGCCAUCAGGCCUACGUUCGAGCGGUCCGUAGGGCCAAAGCUUACAGUAUCAACCCUCAGAAGCAACCAUGGAACAAACUCAACCUCAGGGACCAGGAAUCGGUGAAGGUGGUCGGACUUAAAUAUGAAGUUGGACCUCCCACUCUCUGCUGUCUAAAACUGGCAUUUUUGGACCCAGUCUCAGGGAAAAUGACGAAUGACUCUUUCUCCUUAAAGUAUCAUGACAUGCCUGAUGUCAUAGAUUUCAUGGUAUUGCAGCAGUUCUACAAUGAGGCUAGAGAGCACAACUGGCAACCAGGUAUGCGAUUUCGCAGCAUCAUUGAUGACGCCUGGUGGUUUGGUUCGGUGGAAGACCAAGAACCUUUACAGCUGGAUUAUCCAGACAGCCUUUUUCAGUGCUUUGCAGUCAAGUGGGAUAAUGGUGAGCAGGAGAAAAUGAGUCCUUGGGACAUGGAACCUAUUCCUGAGGAAGCUGCAUUACCUGACCAGGUGGGUGAUGGUGUGGAGGUGGCAGAGGAGGAGCUCAAAGCUCUGCUCUACGAGCCUCAAGAAGGAGAGUGGGGAGCUCACACACGCGAUGAAGAAUGUGAGAGAAUCAUUCAUGGCAUUGAUCAGCUGCUUACACUGGAUGUAGCAAAGGCAUUUGCUUUACCUGUAAAUCUACAACAGUAUCCUCUGUACUGCACUGUGGUGGCUUAUCCCACUGACAUCAGCACAAUCCACAAACGCCUGGAGAACCGUUUCUACAGACGCAUCUCCGCUCUGAUGUGGGAAGUGCGCUACAUUGAACACAACGCCCGCACAUUCAACGAACCCCAGAGCCCAAUUGUAGCAGCAGCCAAAGUGGUGACGGAUGUUCUCCUCCACUACAUUGGAGACCAGAGCUGCACAGACAUCUUGAAUCUUUAUCAUAAACUCAAGUGUGAUGUCAGCAGUGGAGAAGAUGAGGAGGUAGAGUUGGAUGUGGAUUCUGACACUCCAGGGACAUCCACAGGACAUCGGGAAAACCACCCUAAAAAGCGUGGCGUGGUUUUAGAUGUGAGACUGUGGCAGGGUCAAUGUCGAAAGCUGCUGCGUAAGAUGAUCUUAUCCCCUGAUUCUCAGCCGUUUAGACAGCCAGUGGAUCUCUCAGAGUAUCUGGACUAUCGAGACAUUAUUGACACACCCAUGGAUCUGGGUACUGUGUCUGAGACACUAGCCGCUGGGAAUUAUGAGAACCCGAUUGAGUUUGCCAAAGAUGUCCGCCUUAUUUUUAGCAACUCCAAAGCAUAUACACCUAACAAGAAAUCCCAGAUCUACACCAUGACCCUCAGCUUGUCUGCCUUCUUUGAAAAGAACAUAAUCUCCAUAAUAUCUGACUACAAGUCUGCCAUUCAAAACGAACGACGAUCUCGUCAAAGAGAGAGUUACAGAAAUAGUUUGCACAAUGGACGCAGCUCGUCAACUAUGAGCUCCAAAAAGAAGCACAAGUCAGACACUGUGUUGCAGCCCAAAAAAUCCCAGACAUCAGUGAAGAAUCGUGCUCGGAAACCUCAUCAGGCCCAGGAAAGCAGCAACUUAGCAACAGAAGAAGACUACGACAACCAGCCUUCUUCUCCCAGUUCAGAGACAAGUAACGAGAACAGAAACCAGCAAAAUCGCAAAAAGCUGUCCAAAAAAUCAGGUUUCAAGCUCAAGCUGCCACAGAUGAUCGUUUCCGAGCAGCGCCACCAUCCAGACCUGCCUCAAUCUGAUGAUGACGGGGAGGAGUCCCGGUCCAACAGCUCAUCGUCCAGGUCAUCCUCCGUGUCCUCAUCUUCGUCGUCGUCCUCGUCAUCGACUGACAGCGAGAGCAGCUCGGACGGCGAGGGGGACAAAUACGUGGAAGGCGGUGAUCACGACUACAGCAAAGCGCCAUGCCUGUCGCUGCGUAUCUCCCUGAAGGGCAGGCUGACCACCUCAGGGAAGAGAAAACAUAAAGAAGAAGACAUCUUGAAGGGUGCUAAGAAAGCACGAGUGCAGCAGCCCUUAGAGGAGGACAAUGAAGAAGAGGAAGAAGAAGAAGAAGAAGAAGAAGAACAGGAGGAGGAUGAAGAAGAGGAGCAGCUACCACCGGGAAAUGUAAAACCAGGUCAGCAAGAGGAAGAUGAAGAAGAGGAGGAACUGGAAGAGGAGGAGGAACCAGCGGAGGAAGAAGAGGAGGACAUCGCAGCAGUUUCAUCAAAAGGCCCAGGAAGUUCUCGCCAGGUGAACACUCGCAACCGAGGCCGCAGGACAGUCGUGUACCAGGACGAGUCUGAUGACGAUGGUCAGGGGUCCAAGGAAGACCGCAUUAACUUAGGCAGGUCUCGCUCAGGACGAGUACGCCGCAUGACGGAGAAAGCUCGUGUCAGCCACCUAAUGGGCUGGGGCCACUGAAUAUAAAACAAAAACAAAAAAACUAAACUACAAAACGCUCAACCACGCUGCAGGGAUUUUUUGUGUUUUUUUGUGUACAGGUGUGUAUAGAAUAAAUCUUAUAUUAUAUAUAAAUAUGAUCAAGGACUUUUUAAACCUGAGACUGUUAGACGGUGCUAACAUGUGGCCAAGGUGCUUUUUUGCCUGCCUGGCUGCUAGCUGCUGGUCAUCAUGGACCUCCUCCCCCACCUCGGCCUUACUGGUACUUUUCUUCCUCUGCCCUUCAUCCUUCACUGGCCACCAAAGAACCACGGUGCUCAUUUUCCUGUGUCUUCCCAAACAUCCCAUCUGACGACCCUUUUACAUCACUUCCUGCUCUUUCCUUCUCCACCUCUCAUUCACAAACUAUCAUGGCGAAGAAGAACUUGUAAAUAUUACGUCUUCCCCUUGUUCCACUUUAAUGGCAUUAAUUUAGUUUUUUUUUUCUUAGAAUUUCUGAAUCCUGUUUGUAUUUGUACACCUCCACAGUGGAGGUCUUCAUGAAGGCUUCCUCUCAAAGGGACUCAUGUAUCAGCACAGGGGUAUUUAUUUUUCCAUCCUAUCCGACUCGGGUCGCUGUUUCAUGCAUCGACCGUGAAAUAUUUUGCACAUUUUAUCUUCUCCAUGCGGCAGCUUAGUAAUGAAGAUAAUAGAAAAAAGGUCAUAAUUUUUAUUUAUGAAUGCUCCAUCUGUGCCGGCACCGUCAUGUUUUUCUGAACAAACAAAACAGGAUGCAACUACAAAGUAGUUUGGGUUUUCUUGCUUGAUCUGUGGCUCCAAAACCAAACAACUGGAUUCACAAAGUGUCAUGUUUACGGUGUGCCCAAAUCAGUUGAUUUGCAACAACCAUUUUUUAGAUUUAUUUAGUGGAUGGAUCGCAGUCUGACUUCCUAAGCGUUGCAUUAGUCCACACAAACGUAUAAACUUUCUACUGUAGGUGGGAUAACUUAGCUCUGUGACUUGUCUUUUAUACAUAGUGUCCAGCUUUUUUUAAAUAAAAGAUACCCAUUUCUUAAAA